ACCCGAUGCUGGCUCGGCCGUCUCCGGAAUUAUUUCCCUGGCGCGGUGCGGCAGGAGGGGGCGGCGGGGAAUCGGCCGGCGGGGUAAGGAGCUGAGUUUACACGGACAGGGCAGCAUCUCCCGGAGGAUCCUCCAUUGUUUCCCGGCGGCUCGGAGCCAGUCUCCGGGGCUCAGCGCCGGCCCGAGGCCGUGUGUCUGCUGUGCAGGGACCCAGGGCCAUAGGGAGAGCUCCCCCCCAGCCGCCUGCCCCUACUCGCUCCUACGGUCACGCCCGCCAGGCGAAAUACCCGGCCUCGGGGCCUAGUCCCCCCACUAUCCCUCGCCCCAUGGGGCUGAUGGCCUCCCCGGGCACCGGAGCUGCCUAGCCUCAGCCCCGAGAUGAUCCACAGCGGCCACAGACAGAUGUAACAUAAUGGGUGUGGACUUUGAUGUCAAGACAUUUUGCCAUAACUUGAGGGCCACCAAACCGCCCUAUGAAUGCCCAGUUGAGACCUGCCGUAAGAUCUAUAAAAGCUACAGUGGAAUUGAGUACCACCUUUACCAUUAUGACCAUGACAACCCUCCGCUUCAGCAGCAGACCCCGAUCCGAAAGUCUAAAAAGAAGGGGCGUCAGCCUCGCUCUGCUAACAAGCAGUCGCCGACGCAUUCCGAAUUGUCCCAGUCGCCAAACCGUGAGGUUAUGACCUACGCUCAGGCCCAGCGGCUAGUCGAAGUGGAAUUACAUGGAAGGGUGCACCGUAUAAGCAUCUUUGACAAUCUGGAUGUUGUUUCGGAAGACGAUGAAGUUCCGGAGGAGGUCCCUGAGAAUGGGAGCAAUAAGGAAAAUAAUGAGACUCCGACAGCGACUCCUAAGUCUGGAAAACAUAAAAACAAGGAGAAGAGGAAAGAUUCCAAUCAUCAUCACCACCACAAUGCAUCCACGGGUACCACGCCAAAGCUCCCGGAAGUUGUCUACCGGGAGCUAGAUCAGGACACUCCAGAUGCUCCUAAUCGUCCUUCUUCUUAUUACAGGUACAUUGAGAAGUCUGCAGAGGAGCUGGAUGAAGAAGUGGAGUAUGAUAUGGACGAGGAGGACUACAUCUGGAUGGACAUUAUGAAUGAACGGCGAAAGACAGAGGGUGUUAACACCAUCCCGCAGGAGAUCUUUGAGUACUUAAUGGACCGGCUAGAGAAAGAGUCCUACUUUGAGAGCCAUAAUAAAGGGGACCCGAAUGCGUUAAUAGAUGAGGACGCUGUGUGCUGUAUCUGUAAUGACGGGGAGUGUCAGAACAGCAAUGUUAUAUUGUUCUGUGACAUGUGUAAUCUGGCUGUGCAUCAGGAGUGCUACGGGGUCCCUUACAUACCGGAGGGACAAUGGCUUUGCAGGAGAUGUCUCCAGUCACCUUCUAGAGCAGUAGACUGUGCUCUGUGCCCAAAUAAGGGAGGGGCGUUUAAACAGACAGACGACGGACGCUGGGCGCACGUGGUUUGCGCCCUUUGGAUCCCCGAGGUUUGCUUCGCUAACACCGUUUUCCUGGAGCCUAUAGACAGCAUUGAACACAUCCCACCAGCGCGCUGGAAGCUUACAUGCUACAUAUGUAAGCAGCGUGGCUCGGGAGCCUGUAUCCAGUGUCACAAAGCAAACUGUUACACAGCCUUCCACGUCACGUGUGCACAGCAGGCCGGACUCUACAUGAAGAUGGAACCCGUGCGGGAAACGGGGGCCAACGGCACGUCUUUCAGUGUCCGCAAAACGGCUUACUGUGACAUCCAUACUCCUCCCGGGUCUGUGUGCAAGCUCCCAGCCCUCUCCCACAGCGAGGGGGAAGAGGAAGACGACGAGGAGGAAGAGGAGGGGAAAGUCUGGAGCUCGGAAAAGGUGAAGAAGGCAAAGGCCAAGUCAAGGAUUAAAAUGAAAAAAGCUCGGAAAAUCCUUGCGGAGAAGAGAGCCGCUGCCCCCGUCGUCUCUGUUCCUUGCAUUCCUCCACACAGACUCAGUAAGAUCACCAAUUGCUUAACCAUCCAGCGGAAGAGCCAGUUCAUGCAGAGGUUGCACAGUUACUGGACACUAAAGAGACAAUCCCGUAACGGCGUCCCCUUGCUGCGCCGCUUACAGACGCACUUGCAGUCGCAGAGGAACUGUGAACAGGAUAUGAAGUGGAGGAUCCCUUUAUCUGAGGAUGUCUCUGUCCACCUAGGGACAGUCACUAAAUCAAACGAUGAGAUGGGAGACCAAACAAUUAAGAAAGACUCCACGGAUAAGAACUGGGUACUGAAGGAACAAUUGAAAUCGUGGCAGAGGCUCCGACAUGACCUGGAGCGGGCACGCCUGCUGGUAGAAUUAAUACGCAAACGAGAAAAGCUCAAGAGAGAAACGAUCAAAAUCCAGCAGUUGGCUCUUGAGGUCCAGCUGACUCCUUUCCUUAUCCUCUUGAGAAAGACACUAGAGCUUCUUCAGGAGAAAGAUACCAGUAAUAUAUUCACUGAGCCCAUCCCUCUGUCUGAGGUAACAGAACUGUACGAAGUACCUGACUACCUAGAACACAUCAAGAAGCCAAUGGACUUUAAGACGAUGAAGAGUAACCUAGAAGCGUUCCGCUACCAAAACUUUGACCAGUUUGAGGAGGACUUCAACCUAAUAGUCAACAACUGCAUAAAGUACAACGCGAAGGACACCAUCUUCUACCGCUCAGCAGUCCGGCUCCGAGAGCAGGGCGCAGCUGUCAUCCAGCAGGCUCGUCGGCAGGCGGAAAAGAUUGGGAUUGACUUUGAGACUGGAAUGCACAUACCCCAAGUCACCACGGGAAAUGAGACUGGACGUCACGGCAGAGAGAGCGAUUUUCAGCGAACUCUCUCUGACAACCGCAAACCCCUCCCUCUGGAAGAACAGCUGAAAGUCCAGCUGGCGCGGCUGGACGAGGUGAACGCGGGGAAGCAGAGCAUAGGACGAGCACGCCGGGCCAAGAUGAUCCGCAAGGAGAUCACAUCCAUCCGCCGUAAGAUGGCACAUCAGCAAGAGUCCAGAAGGGAUGGAGCCGCCGAGCGGCACAGCUCCACCAGGAGGGGCGGCCUGUCUUUGCACGGCCCUUCUGAGAAGGAUGGACAGACGGACAGUGCUGCAGAAGAGAGCAGCAGUCAGGAGACGGGGAAAGGACUUGGCCCAAACACUUCCUCCACUCCUGCACAUGAAGUUGGUAGAAGGACCUCUGUCCUUUUCUCCAAGAAGAACCCCAAAACUGCAGGACCCCCAAAGAGACCAGGGAGGCCUCCUAAGAACAGAGAUAACCAGCUGGCGUCGGGGAAGAUCAGCAGUCCAAUCGGACCCCCUCAGCUCUCCAUAAUAGGGGGGUCCACAAGACAACGCAAGAGAGUCAGGAGUCCCCGACCAACAUCCAGCUCAGACAGUGAAAGCGACAGUGAUAAGUCGGCAGAAGAUGCUUCUCUAGACUUGCCCACGAACGGCUUCAGUGCCAGCAACCAGCAGGUGAAAAAAAGUUUUUUAAUUUACCGCACUGACUGCAAUCUCCCCCGGAGCAGCUCCGACUCGGAAUCCAGCACCAGCAGCAGCAGCAGCGCCGCCUCUGACAGAACCAGCACAACUCCCUCUAAGCAGGGACGGGGGAAGCAGUCCUUUUCUAGGGAGAGUUUCCAUGACUAUAGCAGCGAGGACACGUCGGGAACUGAGAACGAGACCUAUUCCAUGGGCAGCCGAGUAGGACAUGGCUUGGUACGCAAAGGAAUGGAGGGACGAGGGGCGGGGUGGCUGUCCGAAGAUGAAGACUCCACUCUAGAAGCCUUAGACUUGGUGUGGGCCAAGUGUCGGGGAUACCCCUCCUAUCCAGCUCUGAUUAUCGACCCAAAGAUGCCCCGGGAAGGAGUGUUUCAUCACGGGGUUCCAAUCCCUGUGCCACCCGUAGAUGUUCUCAAGUUGGGAGAGCAGAUGACGCAAGAAGCACAAGAGCAUCUCUACCUCGUUCUGUUUUUUGACAAUAAACGCACCUGGCAAUGGCUGCCCAGGACAAAACUGGUUCCACUGGGGAUGAAUCGGGAGCUGGAUAAAGAAAAGAUGUUGGAAGGGAGGAAAUCAAACAUUCGCAAAUCUGUGCAGAUUGCCUACGACCGUGCCAUGCAGCAUCGUAACAAAGUUCAAGGAGCGCCGAGCAGCGAGACCAGCGAAAGCGAUUAACUGAUUCUGUUACUGCGUGCGGCAUGUUCUCGGGGUCUUAGAGGCCAGACGUGUCAUGUGUCCUGCUAUUGCAAUCAUAGAAACAAAUGGUAAACAAAGCUACAGACAUUA